AACAGGCUGCUAUCGAGUCGACUGAGUUCUUUGGGAUUGACAGAGAAGCAUGAGGCUUUCUCCAGAUUCCCUCACGAAUGGCAACAAAGAAGUAAAUGGAGACUCCAGAAAGACAUUUGAUCCAGAAGAGUGGCUGGGUUCCUUGCCACUCUCUACUCGGCAUCUCCUGUACUGGCUGGUGCAUCCGAACUCUGGGUCCUCUGCUGGGAUUUCUCCAGAUCUCACGCACGUUAGGAUUUAAGGACAUGAAGUGCUGGAUCGGACUCCCCUGACAGGCCUCCUCGGGGAAAGCCGUUAUUCUCUCAUUAUUUCUUUAUUACCUUUGACCUUGGAGGCCGGGCAGAGACCGGAGGAGUUCUUUCAGCGCCUCCUCCCCUUCCUGGGAGGUUGUACUCUGCUCCCCCCUCCCUUGCGGAAAAGCCACAGCUGGAUCAAAGGCUUUGCUGCGUUCAAUGUUUCCCGCCUGGCUUGGGUCCCGGUGGCAGCCCACAUCUGGAACGAUGCAGACGUCACUUGGCAUCUGCCUCUUGGCCGCUAUCAUAGAUCUGGGGCUGUCUCUGACCUGUGAGAUUUGUGGGGGCACUGGAGAUACUUGCACUGGGUCCUUAGAGUUUUGCCCGCCUGGAGAAGACAAGUGUGGCAUCAUUCUGCUAGAGGGCACAAGAGCUCUGCAGUCGAGGAACAUCGUGAAAACGUGCGUCCGGUCAAACUCCUGCGACCAGCCCUUCACUUCUGUUAAUGUAGGCAAAGCCGGAGAAGCAUGGACCCAUCUUACCUGUUGCACGGGCGACGACUGCCAGAAGAUCUCUCCCACAUUGCCACCCUUGAACACCACGUCCAAUGGGAAAACAUGUCCAGCUUGCUACGCCACGCACAGCCUUGCAUGUGAGGAGGAGAUCGUCAAAUGUACAGGAGACCAGUUGUAUUGCCUCGAGAAAUCCGGGAGUAUAACUUUUGGUGAAAGAAAUGUGCCGUUUAUCAUGAAAGGAUGUGCAAACAAUGCAUACUGUAACAAUACGCAAGAGCAUUCCUUCUUUGACGGGAUCCAUAAUAUUGUAACCAUCAAUUGCACACUAGCCUCUGGGACUGCUGGUAUCGUUCCAGGAUUGUUUGGACUCUUCCUCCAAGCUCUUGUUGGGCUCUUGCUUGCCAAGACACUGGACUGAUUUCCUAAGGCUGAGGUGCUCCUCCAGCGGUUUCUCCCGGCCAAUCACUUGUGGCUCUUAGGUUGGCAACUGGCCAUAGAUUUUAUAAAGCUCUCCCUGUCCACAGGACAAAAGAUUAACUUCCUCUAUCCCAUCAUGGCUUCUGGCAGGACCAGUGUGCGCAUAGGAAGGGGGCGGGCAUUUGGGCAAUGCAUCCAAUCGGUGACUGAAGAAAGUCGGGCCUGGUGGCACUCACCAGUUGAUAGCAGUGGUAGGUACUGGGUGAAGUGGGUCUGUGGGAGCUGCAUGUUUCAGAUGCUUCAAUACCCAGUGGGAGGGUGGUCAGCGGUGCCCAGGCUGGGCCACUGUUGCUGUCAUGUAUCAGCAUACCGGGGACCUAUUGGGUGCUGCCUCUGCUGCUUACCUUGCACUAUAUCACUUUAAAUGCAUUCAACUGCCAUGUUAAAGGGGAGGGGAAGAAUCCCAGAAUGCAAUUUAUUAAAGGCUCUGAAAAAUCCAAAUGGCUAUUUAUUUCAAUGUGUUCGUUUUAGCAAGGACGCUUUCAGAAAAAAGGCAAUAGUUCUAAAUCGGAGACAAUAAAUAUUAAGCUGAACCUAGCUGUAUCCCCAAAGCACCCCCAUAUAAAUUACAUUUUGCUAUCUUAAAUGGCACCACUUCACAAUAACAGCU